AUGCCCCUUGAUCAUGUCACCGGCGGUGUGAUCGGACAGCUUCCUGCCGACAAAGUCCAAUCAACAAGUGGAGUGGUCAAGAAAAGCACACCAAAGAAGCUAGAUCGAACGACCAAGGACCUGACCGACCCUGUCCUCCCAGGUCAAUUUCCUUCGGACGAUGCUUCUUCCAAAGGCGAGGGCGUCGACAACAAUCUCUCAUUCUCAUCGAUAUGGUCCACCAUCACAGCAUGGUUCUCCACACUAUUACCUCAAGCCUUUGACUACCUCGAGUCGUGCAUACAGAGAUUUGUCGCCUGGCUUCUCCCCCCGCCCCGUCAGGCUGCGAUAUAUGAAGCUGCAUUGAAGCGUCCGGCCGCAACAACCUUGAUCGUUUGCCAAAUGAUCUGCUGUGGAGUCCCUCUACUGGUAUUCCUGGCUGGUGUAUUUGUCUUCGCUGCAGCGCCGAUAUUACUCUGGGCGGUUCUGUCCUUGCUCAUUCUUGGUCCGGUGUUGUUGGCCACUAGCAUGAUGGGCAUGUCUCUGUGGGGCUGGGGUUGGAUCCUCUAUGGGUUGGUCAAGUGGGCAGACCAGCGGUUUUUGGGUGGUGUUAUUGCACGCUUUUGGCUUCCUCAGAUGCGAUCGGAGUCGACCGAUGGAGAGGGUCAACCCGAGGAGGAGAAAAAGGGCGAGUGA